GCCACAGCGCCUCUAUGCGGGUAAAGUUAUGUGUGUUGUCUUUCAAUUUUACAGAUGAGUGAAUGAGAGCGCUGCUGCUCUGUCAAUACGCGCUAUGGCGUCUCUCAGUGAUCAGCUGGAGGAGGUGAGGGUGAAUGCGGAAGGCAGCUUAUCCUCUCCAGGCUCUGCUCAGGAGAUGAGGGCAGGGGUGGCAGCCAUGGCCAAUAUCCCUCUUCCACCCUCCAGCAAAUAUCGCUACAUAGCUGCUGAAAGCAUGCUGACGGAGAACAAUAGUGGAAAUAACAGGAAUGAGUCCCUCAGCCUCCUGCAGAAACUUUCCACCGCUCUUAACAUCUUGGAGAAGUAUGGCUCCAAUCUUACCAACCCCAACAGGCCGAAGUACUGGCGUACAGUCAAGUACAACAACCCUGUCUUCAGGACGACAGUAGACUCUAUUCAGGGUGGCAGAGCAGUACUUAACCUGUACGGCUACACCAAUCAGCAGCAUGAUGGCUUGAGCUUUCCUGAUGAUGUUGUCCAGCCAGAUGUUGAGAAGGUGGCGUCAGUGACUCUUGAGAUCAUGUGUCUUCGUAUGGAACUGGACAUGCUAAUCAAGGGUACCCAUUCUCAUCCAGAGUUUUUUGAAAGACUUAUUCCCUCCCUCACUGUGCAGGAUGAUGAGGGAAUCAGCACAGAUGCAGUUGCAAUCUCUCCUAGUGAGAGACCAUGGGAAAAACAAACUCCCUCAUCUGUGUCUCCUUCCCAGCCUACAUCUCUAUUCAGUCCAGCUCUAGCUCUCUCUUCUCUAGUGCCAUCUACAGGUAAAGACAUCAUGUUUACCAACCCUGGCUUUCCUUUUAAUGAAUAUCUUUUAUUGUUUGCAGAAAACUGCACCAUAUGUGGCAUCUUUCCAGUGUCUGCUCACUGCCCCACCUGCACUCAGCGGCUAUGCACAGAAUGUGACCGGCUGUAUCACUCCCAUUCAGGACGGUCCACACACAUCAGGAUGCCUGUGACUUCCUCAAAAGCCACAAAACGGCACAGCUCAUCACUGUCAACAUGGCAAUGUAAAUACUGCACUACAGUAAAUGCGUUGCAGCAGGUUUUGUGUGAAACCUGUGAUCGACCCCGUCUGUCCUCUUCUGCUCCAUCUCUACAGGAGGAGCCAUCACAGCCUUCUACAAUAUCUGAGUGGCAGUGUAAAAGCUGCACAGUGGUUAAUGCUGGCAGCAGCAUUCUUUGCGAGGUGUGUGAUCGCCCCCGUUUGGCCACCCGACCUCCUGUCGCGCCCUCACGUCCGACCACCUCUGCCACAGGACUAAUGGACAGCCAGUGGAUUUGCCAGUUUUGUACAUACGUCAACCACACACCAUCAACUGUAUGCGAAAUGUGUUGCCUUUCAAAAUCAGAACCUGCCCUAUCACCCUCUAAGCCCCUCCCUCUCUCACCGGUCAAGGACGUAACGCCGCUUUCAGUCGCACCUAAAGUCAUGCCCACUGAGGACCCUGAUUUGAAAAGGCAAAGACUGAUGAAGGAGGAAGGGCUUAAACUUAUUCAGCUUAUUCGUGAGGGAGAGAAGAAAGGAGUGAGUCCAGAGGAGGUGUAUACCAGCAUGUAUGUGUCGGGAAACAGUAACGUAAUGCCAAAUGACUGGCUGAAGGCAGAGCUACCGCAUGUGCUUGAUGAGAUCUGUGUGAUGGCUGCGUCCUGUCAGCAAGAACCCAAUGCACAAUCAAACUCUUCGGGGGGGAAUGAUGGCCAGGAUGGAGAAAAGAGCAAUGCUGUCCCCUUGUCCAGGGCAGAAGCCAAACAGGCCUGGCUGGCAGCAGGGGGCGAUAAUGAGAAAGCCGUCAGACAGGCUCUCAGAGACCGCAGAGUUAAAGUAAAAGAGCUUGGCUCUCUGGGCUUUAAUGAUGUGACCCGCUGUGAAGAAGCCCUAAGGCAGAGCGGAGGGGAUGUGAGGGGGGCUCUCGUCCUGCUGCAGCGCCCUUUACUGGAGCCAUUCCAUCAGCGCAUGUGGAGCGACGAACCAGAGCCCCCCAUUGACAUCAACCAUCCGGAUAAACAGCAUGUUUGCCGUAGGCUGCUAGCGGUGUUUGAGCUGCCCAGCUGGGGGCGAUGUGAGCUGGUUUUGUCUUUGCUGCGGGACCCUACAGCUACAUACACACUGGAGGACGUGGUUCAGGCCGUGCGUGAAUCACCUGACCGGGACUUCAUUCGCAGGGUGCUGAACAAGGAAUGCCCUAUCUGCCUGUCGGUUUUUCCCCACAGCAAGAUGCAGUCGCUGACAUCCUGCCAGUGCUCUGUGUGCUGUGGAUGUUUCAAGCAGCAUUUCACCAUAGCGGUGAGGGACAAGCACAUCAGAGACAUGGUGUGUCCUGUCUGCACAGAGCCUGACAUCAAUGACCCUGAGCACCUUAACAGCUACUUCUCCACUCUGGAUAUACAGCUCAGGGAUUGCCUUGAACCAGACGUGUACGAUCUCUUCCACAAGAAGCUGACUGAGCAGGCUCUCAUCAAGGACCCGAAGUUCCUGUGGUGCAGCCAUUGCUCAUAUGGCUUCAUCUAUGACGGCGAUCAACUCAAGGUCACCUGUAUGCAGUGCAGGAAAAGCUUCUGCGCUCAAUGCAAAAAACCGUGGGAGCCGCAGCACGUCGGGCUCUCGUGUGAGCAGUUCCAGCUGUGGAAGCGAGAGAAUGACCCUGAGUACCAGAGGCAGGGUUUGGCCGGAUACCUGCGUGACAAUGGGAUCACUUGUCCUAACUGUAGGUUCCAGUAUGCUCUGGCCAGGGGCGGCUGUAUGCACUUCAGUUGUUCCCAGUGCAGGUAUCAGUUCUGCAGUGGAUGUAACAACCCUUUCCACACAAAGUGUGCAGUGAACCAGUGUACUGUGACAGGUCUGCAUGCCCAUCACCCCAGAGACUGCCUCUUCUACCUCCGAGACUGGGAGCCUGCCAGGCUUCAGGCCUUACUGCAGAAAAAGGCGGUGAACUACAAUACUGAAACUGCAACAGGAGCACAGACUGGUGUGUGUGGAGUGAUCGAGCAGAAAGAUGAAGGGCCUCGUCCGACUGAUUCGCCGUGCGGGGCUCAGACUCAGCCGGGACAGGCAGGACUCUGCGAGAAGCAUUAUCGAGAGUACCUGGUCAGCCUCAUUAAUGGACAUUCUAUUGACCCCGCCCUCCUUUACGCUCUUGAUGAGCUGAUCGUGGCCUGCAGGAGAUACCAUGUGGACAUCACACAGGGGGAAGGAGAAGAUGAGAGAGCAUACUUUGCCAGACUUAAGAAACUCAUGGAUGACGUGCCUCUGGGUGACAAGGUCCUUCGCAAGAAGUGAAGAUGUUUUUACUUUGUUCAUUUAACCUGUGCUGACUAUUUUACCCACUUGCGCCUGUAGCUCCGCUUUAUGAUCUGAGCUGAGAGGCUGACAGAAUUUUAAACACAGUGCUUCCCUGUUCUCAAUGUGAUGUAGUUGCACACAUUUGCACAAUGCACACACUGGUUUUUUUCUUUUUCUUAAGGUUUUGUGAUGGGAAAUUCUUCAUUUUAAUCAUGUUUUGAUUUUAAUCACCCUCUAAUAGCAUUAUAGCUGUAGCCUGAUGAUAAAAAAAAACAGACUAAGACAAAACACUUUGACAGCUAUUGUGAACCAUUUAUUGUUUCUGUGAAUGCAUAUAAACAAGUUUUAUAUUUCAUUAAGUACAUUUUAAAGUUAAACAGACAAAAAUCGUAAAACAACAGCAUUUUAAAUGAUUUUAUGAGUGAACUUUCUGUUGAUUGUACCUCAGGCUGUUCAUUAUCAGUUUAUUCAACCAAAUUAAAACAAAAACAAAAUCUCCACAUUGAUGGGUGUCAAAAGACGUACAAUCAUGGGUUUAUAUGUACAUAUAUAUGAUUAAACAUAAUUUAUAAAAUGUUGAA